AUGGCUGCAGUCGUACUGGGAAAGAGGUCUCGAAAAGUUCUGGAUGAAGAAGACAUCUCACCACCUCUCCCUUCCACUAAGAGAAGAACGCGGCGCUCAUCACCACUGAUAUACGAGGAUGCUGCAGAACAGAACCUGUUGGGGGUUGUUGGAGCAACCAAGAAACAGAGUAAUAUACAGAAUACUUGUUUUGUCAAUACACGUACAGCAACAUCAAAAACCACCCUGCUCGAUGACUCUCAGAAGUACAAGCUUCGCAAACCCUCGGUCGAUCCAUCAUUUUCAUCGGAGGCCAAAGACAAGCUAGUCUUGGAUGAAAACACUCCUCGUACGACAGUUUCAACACCAUCAACCGUUCGCUUCAAAGAUGCCUUUGAGCAAUCCACUCCGAGCACUCCAAAGCAUCGUGUGCGGCUCGUUGGACGACUUCUCACACCUCGCUCGUCAGGGUCGUCGACACCAUUGAGAUCACAGAAUGUAUACUCUCAAGCAAGACAAGCGUUCACGCAGAAUGGGACUUCGAAGAUCAUUGGUCGCGAAAUGGAACGGGAGAAAUUGAGCAACUUCAUUUCCAACGCGAUGGAAACUAGAGUUGGUGGGUGCACUUAUGUCAGUGGACCACCUGGAACUGGCAAAAGUGCGCUGGUGUUGGAAAUCCUGGAACAAUUCCGAGACCAGCACAUCAAAGUUGCGUCCAUCAAUUGUGUAGCUCUGAAAUCCUCUUCAGAGGUACUGGCCAGGUUUACUCAAGAGUUUUGCGCAUCAACCCAGGGCAAAACUGGAUCAAAAGCUACGCUCGCAAGGUUAUUCACCACGAAAAAAACCGAUUCACCCUUGCACUUGGUUUUGCUAGACGAGAUGGACACACUCCUUGGCAGCGAUUGCGAACUUGUGUACAACAUCUUUGAGUGGGCGAUGCACCCAACCUCGUCACUCAUACUGAUCGGCAUUGCCAAUGCGCUUGAUCUCACAGAUCGCUUCUUACCACGGUUGAAGGUGAGAAAUGUCAAGCCACAGCUUCUGCCAUUCCUCCCCUAUUCGGCCUCACAAAUUUCGAACAUCAUCACGGAAAAGCUAAAGUCUCUCUUACCAGCUGAAAGCACUGCAUCUCCAGGUUUUGUUCCUCUGAUGCAUCCUGCUGCUAUCCAGCUCAGUGGUAGGAAGAUUGCGUCUCAGACAGGGGAUCUUCGAAAAGCGUUCAGUCUCGUACGCAGAGCCAUUGAUCAGGUGGAGCAAGAAACACUAUUGAAGAUGAGCCAAGAGGAAAGCAUUACGCCCACCAAGCAACCUCUGGGAGAGAUCAUGAAUCCCCCAACAAAGCUAGCAUCGUCAGUGUCUUCCGUGAAAGAGACACUUUCUCCCAAGGCUCCACGAUCUGUUCUAUCACAGCUUAGCCUGGAAAGCGCGCCAAGAGUGAGCAUUGCACACGUAGCUAGAAUCGCCUCGAGUAUUUUCAACAACAGUGCACAGUCUCGUCUUGGUGGAUUGAAUCUUCAGCAGAAGGCAGUUUUAUGUUCUCUUGUUGCGUCGGAGAAGAAGCAGAACCAACGAGACCCUUACAAGACACCGUCGAAGUCAUGGUCGAAGAUAGCCACUGUCAAAGGGCUGUUUGAGACCUACACAAUGCUGUGCCACCGAGACGAGGGAAUAUUGCAAGUACUCAAAAGUACCGAAUUCCGCGAUGUGGUUGCCAGUCUAGAGACACUGGGGUUGGUACACGAGGCAACGGGACGAAACUCGAUCAUCUUGACGCCUGCGAGUACACCAACUCGAACUGGACGAGCGAUGGACGACAAGCAGGUUGUGAGCGCUGUAUCGGAAAAGGAGAUGAGAGAUAGCCUGGUCGGACCCGGGUCGGACUUACUACAGCGACUUCUGGACGACUGA